GGGCAGACCGGCUCCAGGCGGCCGGAGGUAGGCAGCGCCAUGGCAGGAGCGGAAGCGGAAGGAUGCUCCCUGCUGGGGCCGCCAAUGCCCCCUCAGGGGAUGGCGGAAGUGGAGGUGGCAGACGAAGCGGCGAUGAAGCAGUUCCGUGGAGGCGGCGGUGGCGGCAGCAGCGCGGUCGUGGGCAUGGACGUGGAGCGGAGUCGCUUCCCCUACUGCGUGGUGUGGACGCCCAUUCCCUUGCUCACGUGGGUUUUCCCCAUCAUUGGCCACAUGGGCAUUUGUACUUCCACAGGAGUCAUUCGGGACUUUGCAGGCCCCUACUAUGUCUCGGAAGACAAUAUGGCCUUUGGGAAGCCUGUGAAGUACUGGAAGUUGGACCCCUCCAAAGUGCAAGCAGGUCGGCCGAAUGCUUGGGACACCGCAGUCCACGAAGCGUCAGAGGAAUAUAAACAUCGCAUGCACAACCUCUGCUGUGACAAUUGCCACUCCCAUGUGGCCCUGGCCCUGAAUCUGAUGCGCUACAAUAACAGCUCCCACUGGAACAUGGUGAAGGUUGGCCUCUUCUGCCUGAUCUACGGGAAGUACGUCAGUGUUGGGGCAUUUGUGAAGACCUGGCUUCCCUUUGUCCUCCUCUUGGGCAUCAUUGUUACUACUGCCCUUGUCUUCAACCUGCGGUGAUGGCAGCACCCUCAGCCUGAUCCUAGAGUUGGGAGGCCUCAGCUGGAAGGAGACUGGGCCUGAUGUGUACACACUCCCUGCCCCACCCUCCCAGAGCCGACUGCUGGGCCUAGACUCCUACCUCCUUUGGUUGCAGAUACCGCUCCCUACCCGAAGUCCUGGAGCCUGCCUGUGAGCUUGGAGCCAGGCUUCUUAGCAGCCAAAACUCAAGAGACUGAGAUGACGACCCAGAAAGGGCCAGUUACUCCUAGUUGUGUUUUAGCCAAGCCAGGGCCCUUCCCCUUCUCCCCACUGCCUGGGAUGGAGAAGCUGACCUCUCCUCACCUUGUGGGAUCUUUCAGGAUGCUAUUGGGGAAGGGGACUGGCUCUCCUCCCAAGGCCAGAAUCCUCUCCCCUUCCUGAUCUUUCCCACUGAGUCCUGCAGCCUGGCACAGCCUGCCUCUACCCCCAGCACAGACUUUCCAGGCCUUUCCCUCUCAUCCCUGUCUCCCCCACCCCCUCCACAUAGCUCCCGAUCCCUGUCUCAGGGGAGGGGCAGAAGGGCAGCCAUAGAUUCAGUCACUCUAGUCUAGCUGAGGCCCCAUGUUAGCCAAGAUGCUCCCCCAAAGGCAGUAGGCAGGGCCUGGCUUUGGGAAGGAAGUGGCCUGGUCUCCCUACCACCACCACCCAGCCUCUAACCACUGGUUCCCCUUCUCUGCCAGGAGCAGGUAAUAAAUAGUGUAUAAUUGGAAGGGUUUGGCUAAUAACUGCUAUGAUAGCCAAGAAAUGGAGGGGCAGGUGCCCCACCUCCAGCCCCUCAGAGGCAUGGUUCCCCCUGCUCGGGUCCCUUCCCUUGCUCGGGGCCUUGCCCUCCAGUUUAGGAUCGGGGAUGGUUGGCUGCUCCUACUUUUCCCAUCUGUUUUACUGCAGAAGGAGACAAAUGUUAGCAAUUCCUGGCCCAAGCAGGAGGCCCUACUUCUACAAACUAACAGUUCCUCCCCUUAACCCUGGUGUGAGGGGGGGACAGAAACACAGUGGGAACUCCAAAGGGCUAUGUAUCGCUGUGUCCAGUGCCACACUGACCAGCUGUUGUGAGCCUCUCUUGGAAGGGCACACACUAGGGAGACUGUCACUGUGGCACCUGUCACUUUUGUCACCCCUUCCCUUUUCAUGUUAUGUGAUUGGGGCAUGGCCCUUCCAACCCUUUGCUAAGCAGAUCUAGUUUACUGUGUCCCUCCCCCUCUGAAGGGCAGCUGAGCUCCCGUGGAAAGGGGGCUCACCAGGCAGGGCCAAUAAAAAGGCUUGACUCCAGUCUGCA